CUCACCCACAUCUACCUCCAGCAGCUCUCUGCUCUUCCGCCACCUCUCCAAACCCAAGCACCAUGCCGUACAACUGCUGCCUGUCCAACGUGAGCUGCCGCAGCAGCUGCUCCUCCCGGCCCUGCGUGCCCCCCAGCUGCCAUGGCUGCACCCUGCCCGGGGCCUGCAACAUCCCCGCCAACGUGGGCAACUGCAACUGGUUCUGUGAGGGCUCCUUCAACGGCAGCGAGAAGGAGACCAUGCAGUUCCUGAACGACCGGCUGGCCAGCUACCUGGAGAAGGUGCGCCAGCUGGAGAGGGAGAACGCGGAGCUGGAGGCCCGCAUCCAGGAGCGGAAGCAGCAGCAGGACCCCUUGGUGUGCCCCAGCUACCAGUCCUACUUCCGGACCAUUGAGGAGCUCCAGCAGAAGAUUCUGUGUGCCAAGUCUGAGAACUCCAAACUGAUGGUGAACAUUGACAAUGCCAAGCUGGCCUCUGACGACUUCAGAACCAAGUACGAGACGGAGCGGUCCCUGCGGCAGCUGGUGGAGUCGGACAUCAAUAGCCUGCGCAGGAUCCUGGAUGAGCUGACCCUGUGCAAGUCUGACCUGGAGGCCCAGGUGGAGUCCCUGAAGGAGGAGCUGCUGUCCCUCAAGAGGAACCAUGAGGAGGAAGUCAACACCCUGCGCUGCCAGCUUGGAGACCGCCUCAACGUGGAGGUGGACGCUGCCCCCACCGUGGACCUGAACCAAGUGCUCAAUGAGACCAGGAGUCAGUACGAGGCCCUGGUGGAAACCAACCGCAGGGAAGUGGAGGAGUGGUUCACCACCCAGACUGAGGAGCUGAACAAGCAGGUGGUGUCCAGCUCAGAGCAGCUUCAGUCCUACCAGGCGGAGAUCAUCGAGCUGAGGCGCACGGUCAACGCCCUGGAGAUCGAGCUGCAGGCCCAGCACAACCUGAGGAACUCUCUGGAAAACACGCUGACAGAGAGCGAGGCCCGCUACAGCUCCCAGCUGUCCCAGGUGCAGUGCAUGAUCACCAACGUGGAGUCCCAGCUGGCUGAGAUCCGGGCUGACCUGGAGCGUCAGAACCAGGAGUACCAAGUGCUGCUGGACGUCCGGGCCCGGCUGGAGUGUGAGAUCAACACGUACCGGGGCCUGCUGGACAGCCAGGACUGCAACCUCCCCUGCAACCCAUGUGCUACCACUAAUGCGACUGGCAACUCCUGUGGACCCUGUGGCAGCUCUCAGAAGUGUUGCUCUUAAUUGAACAACUUGCAUCCCCUUUGAAGACGUCAGUGGAGCCAUUUAAGUCGAGUACAGGAACCAUCCCCAGGUCCUUUUGCCAGGGCUCAGUGGCCGUUGAGAAACCUCACCAUGCCAACUGUGAUUUCUAGACCAGGCCAUGCUUUACGCUCACGUCAUCAGCUCCCAAGGUCUGGAAAACUCCUUGGUGUUGAGACUUGUUCAGCUCCCAGUAAUCUGGGCUCCAGGUAUUACUUAGGGUGAUUCCUGUACGUUCUGCCUCUUCCUGCUUUCCUUCCUUCUCUGGAAUGCAGGGAGGCUACUUCAUUUAAUUCCCAAUAAACUUUAUUUCUC